AUGCGACCGUCGAAGCCCUCUUCCAAAUCCACCAUUUUGACACGCAUCUCGAUGCGUUGGGUGCCAGAGCCAUCAUUUGAAAGCACGGAUACUCUUGCCCUGUCUGUCGGUGAUUGGUACGUGGAUUUGCGCGUUGAUCGGCAAUCUGGCGGCAUUGAUUGGGCGCUUGCGGGGCAGUGCCGACGGGCUUGUACCAGUUCACGCCAUAUUAUCUUCACUCAUGAUAUCGAUUCGCACCUUAACUUCAACGUGAGUGAGCCUUGUCCAUUCACUGCUCUUCCGAAUGGAGAUGAUAUGGAGACGGGGACAAUGCGUCGUUCGGAUAGACAGGGCGCCCCGAUGACUGACUACGAAGAGGUUUGGAGAUAUCUUCCCUUAAAGUUCGUACCAGAGAAUUCGGGGGGCAAUACUGCGUGGGUCUUAGAAUCGGUGGAUGGUUCUUUGGCCGAAAGCCAGAAUCUUGUCAUCAAACAAUUCUUGGCAAAAGUUGGCAGAUUCUAUCUCGUCCAGCAACAGCAAAAGACUCGUGUGAGGACACUCUCCGAUGACGGAAAGUGGACUGUGAAAAUAACCGGCGGACCAGUGAGCGCGCGGCGAGAAGAAUGGACUGGCGAUUGCUGGGAAGAAAUAUAUGUUUUAGGACCUCAUGGGGGGUAA